AUGGACAGAUGUAGAGUUCAGUGCUACGAGUACCCCAGCUGCCCGGAGCCUGUGAAAGCUCCCAGAGAGGAGGUUGCCUACGUGACCUGCACCUACAGGGAGACGGGCAUCGACCAGCCUGACUUCCUGGCCACCGUUGACCUCAACACCUGCUCUCCAUCCUUUGGACAGGUGAUCCACCGCCUGCCCGUGCCCAACCUCAAGGACGAGCUGCAUGCCUCGGGGUGGAGCACUGGCAGCACCUGCCCUGACAAUGCCACAAGGAAAUGGAGCAAGCUGGUUCUUCCCUCUUUGAUUUCUUCCCGCAUUUACGUGGUGGAUGUGGGUUCCCAGUGCCGGACUCCCAGGCUGUACAAGACCAUUGAGCCCGUGGAUGUCUUCUGGACGUGUAACAAAGGAUACCUGAACGUCCCUCGCACUCUGCCCAACGGCGAUAUCCUGAUUGCCAACUCGGGGGAUGCCGCUGGCCAUGGCAAAGGUGGAUUUAUCGUGCUGGACGGAGAGACCUUUGAGCUGAAGGGCAACUGGGAACACGAGAGCGAGGUGCCCCCCACUGGGUACGACUUCUGGUACCAGGCACGCCACAACGUUCUGGUCAGCAGCGCCGGAGCCGUCCCCAGGAUCGCAGGACGUGGGUUUCGCCCCGAGGACUUGAAGAAAGGGGUCUACGGGCGCCGCCUGAACGUGUGGAACUUGUCCUGCCGCAGCCUCACGCAGUGCUUUGACCUGGGCGAGGACUCUUUGCCCAUCAGUGUGAAAUUCCUCCACAACCCCGACGCUGCCGAGGGAUUCGUCGCCUGCGCCCUCAGCGGGGUCAUUUACCGCAUCUACAAGUGCGAGGCGAACAACUGGGCAGUAGAAGAGGUGAUCCGCAUCCCGGCCAAGGACGUCACGGGAUGGAUUCUGCCCAAGAUGCCAGCCUUUACCGUCGACCUCGUCAUCUCUCCGGACGACAAGUACCUGUACCUCAGCAACUGGUUCCACGGAGACAUCCGCCAGUAUGAGCUCUCCAAGCACUGCAAGCCCCGUCUGGUGGGACAGGUCUUUGUGGGAGGCCUCCUCCUCCGCUGCGGACCCGUGACCGUCUGCAGGGACGAAGAGCUCAAGAGCCAGCCGGAGCCCUUGGUGGUCAAGUGCAAGCGAGUGUACGGCGGCCCUUGUAAACUCCAGCUGAGCUUGGAUGGCAAGAGGCUCUACGUCACCAACUCCUUCUACAGCACCUGGGACAAGCAGUUCUACCCCAACCUGGUCAAGGAAGGCUCUGCCCUGCUGCAGAUUGAUGUGGACACUCAGAAGGGAGGCCUGACCGUCAACAAGAACUUCCUGGUGGAUUUUGGAAAGGAGCCCAACGGGCCUUGCCUUGCCCACGAAAUCCACUUCCCUACUGGAGAUGCCACCACUGAGACCCAGCACUAGGCGCCCCGGGGAGGACUCCCUGCUCCUCCUCCUCCUCCUCCUCCUCUCUCUUCCUCCUGCUCCUCUCUCUCCUGUAGUGCAGCCAUUAGGAAAGGGCGC